AUGCCUCGCACUCUGAAAUGGGGGGCUGGUCUCUCAAUAGUCUUACAUUCGAUUCCCAGCCUAGUACUUCCCCCUGGGGUUGCCAUUCUUGCUCAAAAUGUUCUUUCUAGAGCGACAUUGACCGGCUCUUCGCCCUGGGUUUUGAAGGAGUUUUUGGGACUCCCUACGAUUAUACAGACUGCGAUCCUUUGGAUGACUUUUGUUUUCUCCCGCAAGGUGAUGAAAGAGUAUCAGCGUCAGGCCGACCGUAAACGCCUUGGCCCAGAUGUAAUUGAGGUGCCUCGUGUGAAACUCAAUUGGCCGUGGAAUCUGGACCUUAUUUCGUUUGUGAUGCACAGUCGAGAAACAGAUUAUUGUACGGCACCGUGGGCCAAGCUUUCCAAGAAAUACGGCUACACGUUCAACCUACGGCUUUUUGGCGAGGACCAGAUCAUGACUUUUGAGCCAGAAAACAUUAAAGCAGUUUUGAGCACUGAUUUUAAUAAUUUUGAGAAAGGGACGCUAUUCCGAGGAAAAAUGGAUACAGUUUUGGGGAAGGGUGUUUUUAAUGCCGAUGGGGACAUGUGGAAGUUCCAUCGCGGCAUGUCCCGACCCUAUUUCUCUCGCGACCGCAUUUCUCACUUUGAUAAUUUUGCCCGACAUUCUGACCUUGCCAUAUCCAAGAUCUUAUCCCGGCUCAAUGAGCCAGCCCGGCCAGGACAACCUAUCGCAGUGGACUUUCAAGACCUGGUCGCCCGAUUCACUCUUGAUUCAGGAACCGAAUUCCUGUUCGGCGCGGAUGUUCGCUCGUUAGAUUCUACCCUCCCCUAUCCUCACGAAAAGCCCAAGGACAAUAGUGCCUCGUUUGCAGCGGCUUUUGGACGGGCCCAAGAAUCUCUGACUUAUCGCCUUGCACUGGGCCACCUUUGGUCUUGGAUGGAGCUUUUCUGGGACCGAACGAAGCAAGACAUGGAUGUUAUUGAUGCGUACAUCACACCGCUUUUAAGGCAAAAAUUGGACAGAAAGCGUAUUUCAGGUCUCAACCGAAAUUCCAAAGCAGAAUUUGAGAACAUUAGUACAGAUGGGAUGGAAGAAGCAGAGGAUACUCUUCUAGAUCAUCUGGUGCAGUUUACUGAUGACAUAUCGGUAAUCAAGGAUGAGUUAAUCAAUAUUCUAGUAGCCGCAAGAGACACAACCGCUGCAACUUUGACUUUCGCCGUGUAUAUCCUAGCCGAAAAUCCCAAGAUAAUGGAUAAGCUCCGGAGCGAGGUCCUUGGUCGCUUGGGAACAUCCAACCAUCCUACACCCGAGGACUUUAAAGAAAUGAAGUACUUGAGGGCCGUAAUCAACGAGACUCUGAGGUUGUUCCCUGCCGUACCUAAGUAUUAUGUUCCCGCUGGAGCAACAAUACCGUAUUCGGUACUCCACAUGCACAGACGCAAGGAUCUUUGGGGUCCCGACGCAGACGAAUUCGAUCCCGAGCGAUGGUUGGACGACAGGUUGAAAAAAUAUGUAACCCCAAAUCCGUUCAUUUUCCUCCCAUUCAACGCCGGUCCCCGAAUCUGCCUUGGCCAACAGUUUGCUUACAACGAGACAUCGUACUUUCUCUCGCGUCUGCUUCAAAGAGUCGAGUCCUUUGAACUUGUUCCCGAAGCUUAUCCAGCGGGGACGUUACCUCCGGCCGAUUGGAAGAACGGGGAGGGCCGGAAGGUAUACGAGAAGAUUUGGCCCAAGAGCCAUUUGACGAUUUAUUGCAAUGGAGGGCUCUGGAUUAGAAUGAAAGAGGCAAGUUUACUGGUGGAGGAGUAG